GUUUUCGACGGCGAAUGUGAUUUUGGGCGUCAGAGAUGUCAUUUUUCUACAACGAGGGCGCUGUGCUCUGUAGAUCUAUAUCGUCAGGAUCUUACCUGAGCAGUUUUCUCCAAAACACCCUCAAGAGUAACCAGGUAGAGAUUAACACCGACAGUCGCACUUUGCGGCCCGUAGCUAAGCUCAGAGAACCAAGAGAUUUGUUUGCCCUCCCCAAGGAACUCGACUGUCCACAACAAGCAGCUCGUUGGCCCGCUGAGUGUCAGGUACUUGAGGAACGAAUCACCCAUAUUGAGGUGAUGCCUCCAUGCCCCGAGCAGUAUUAUCAGCCGACAGGUCGAGAGAUUCAGCCCAAACCUGUCGGGGAGGAGGCUGGCACCAUUGUCUUCCAGUACUACCCUAUGAGCGCUGUCAAUUAUUUUAGUCGGUCCAGUGUAGGGGGCAGCAGGUUCUUCCUUCCUUCUAACUCAGAUAGGGAAGAUGACCUGAGAUUUGAGUCGAGGUUUGAGUCUGGUAACCUAGCCAAGGCAGUGAAGAUCACAGACACCUAUUAUGAGCUGUCACUGCGAACUGAUCUUUACACCAACAGACAUAUGCAAUGGUUCUACUUCCGGAUUGAAAACACUCGCAGGAGGCUCGUCUAUAGAUUUUCAAUAGUAAACCUGACCAAGGCGGAGAGUCUCUACUGUGUAGGGAUGAAGCCUCUGCUCUACUCCAACAAGGACGCUCUGGCUAACGGCACCGGCUGGCGCAGGUGUGGGGACAACAUCACCUACUUCAAGAACGAACCACAGAAUGGAGAAGAGGACCAGUAUCCCAGCUUUACUUUGUCAUUCAACUUGGAGUUUCCCCAUGACAAUGACACAGUCUACCUAGCACAGUGUUACCCUUACACAUACACAGACCUGCAAGACUACCUCAUCAAACUGCAGAACCACCCGGUCAAGUCUGAGUAUAGCAAGCUGAGACUUCUCUGCCGAUCGUUAGCUGGUAACAACGUCUACUACCUCACCAUCACUGCCCCUUCCCCCAUUGAUGAACCAAAGAAAAAGCAAGCCAUCGUGAUCACGGGUAGAGUACAUCCUGGCGAGACUCCCUCCUCGUGGAUGAUGAAAGGCUUCAUGGACUUUCUCACUGGAGACACGCAGCAAGCCAAAGAACUUAGGGAGAAGUUUAUUUUCAAGCUAGUGCCAAUGCUGAACCCUGACGGUGUGAUAGUGGGUAACAACCGGUGUUCACUGACUGGCCGGGACCUGAACCGGCAAUACCGGACUGUCAUCCGGGAGACUUACCCGCCCGUGUGGCACACCAAGCUCAUGAUCCGAAGAUUGAUGGAAGAGUGUGGGAUUGCCAUGUACUGUGAUCUUCACGCUCACUCUCGUAAACAUAAUGUCUUCAUUUACGGCUGUGAGAACAAACGUUUCGCCGACAAACGUCUUCACGAGCAAGUAUUUCCCCUGAUGCUCCACAAGAAUGCAGCUGAUAAGUUUUCCUUUGAGAACUGCAAGUUCCGUAUCCAGCGCAGCAAAGAGGGCACUGGGCGCGUGGUUGUUUGGAUGAUGGGCGUCGCCAACAGCUACACGAUGGAAGCGUCGUUCGGAGGGUCGACUCUAGGUGGGCGGUCAGCGACUCACUUCACCACCCAGGACUACGAGGCCAUGGGUCGCUCCUUCUGCGAGACUCUGCUGGACUUCUGCGACGAAGACCCUAGCAAGGAGCGUCUUCGGACUAAAAUUAUCACUCGUCUGGUCAAGGAAGGCUCUAGUGCAGAUGAACCUACUAAUAUUGUGCUUUCUGAUUACUCGAGUGACGAGGGAGACACCAGCAGUUGCAGUGAAGAGGAGGGUGCGGCAGGAGUGGGGGUAGAUCGGGACUGUUGUCUAACUCCCUGUGUACCUCCCCCCUCCCCUGUACUGCCUCACCACCGGUCUGCCAAGUCAAAAAGAGACCACCUGAGUGAUGCUUCAAGGCAGGUUAGAUCAGCUGUAUCAUUGUCGCCACCUGUAACCAGAAAAAUACUACAGAUACCUCGGGCCAACCUGGAUCUACUAGAUCCGGGAGGCAGUGAUGUGUUUGAUGGUACCACAGAGCAAGACUCCGGUGAUGAUAGUCCGUCAUCGAGGCGUAGAAAUAAACAGGAUCCUUCUGGCGGAAAAGGUGCUUACAAAUCUUGUGAUAAAAUAGAUAUGCCUCCAGAACUGAUAGUAACCCCUGCUCAAGUAUACGAAAUGCAAUCGCUUAGUGAUGUAGAAAAACCUCCAGGCAAAGACAGUGGGAAAGACAAACUUGAGGAGUCUCCGAGUCUGCCGAGGAAAGGUGACAACUCGUGGAGUCCAGAGAGAGCUGAGAAGGAGCGAAGGCACCAGCCUCAGAGAACUUCUCUGGCUCUGAGGUGUGAGCUGAGUCAUGAGAUACAGACAAGACUGACACUACAGCCCAGCAUCACACUGCAGCAGACUGUGUGGACAGGUGUGGAGUAUUGUACAGACUGUACCAAGAACAUACCUCUCAGCUGGGUAUGGUUUGUUGUCAGGUGUGAGCUGAGUCAUGAGAUACAGACAAGACUGACUACAGCCCUGCAUCACACUGCAGCAGACUGUGUGGACAGGUGUGAGCUGAGUCAUGAGAUACAGACAAGACUGACACUACAGCCCAGCAUCACACUGCAGCAGACUGUGUGGACAGGUGUGGAGUAUUGUACAGACUGUACCAAGAACAUACCUCUCAGCUGGGUAUGGUUUGUUGUCAGGUGUGAGCUGAGUCAUGAGAUACAGACAAGACUGACACUACAGCCCAGCAUCACACUGCAGCAGACUGUGUGGACAGACAAGACUGACACUACAGCCCAGCAUCACACUGCAGCAGACUGUGUGGACAGGUGUGGAGUAUUUUAUACAGACUGUACCAAGAACAUACCUCUCAGCUGGGUAUGGUUUGUUGUCAGGUGUGAGCUGAGUCAUGAGAUACAGACAAGACUGACACUACAGCCCAGCAUCACACUGCAGCAGACUGUGUGGACAGGUGUCGAGUAUUGUACAGACUGUACCAAGAACAUACCUCUUAGCUGGGGCCGCUCUCAUAGCUCCAACGAGUCUCUGCUAAGGUCAUGUUCACAAAAGUUGUCUGUUUUAAAGAAACACAAACAUAGUAAAAAAGAUAAAAAUAGUUCACAAAUAGAAACAAGAGAAACAAGACCAAAGUCCCACAAAAUGGGGGAAGAAGAAGACAGUACUCCUUCAUUUCAGAGUAGCAAGAAAAAAGUUAAGCUAAAAACAACGAGGAAGCCUGAGAAAAAUGGUGAACAAAAUCUAAAACUUAUUAUGAAAAUUAAUGAAGAAGGAAAAUCUGAAUCAUUGUCGACAGGGGAAGGGUUAUCACUGUCAGAAGAUGCAAGGAGAACUUCCGACACCUCAUGGAAUCGAGGAAAGAAAUCUAGUAAGCAGCCUGCUGCAAGAAGUCGCUUCCGUAAAGGUGGUAUUGUUGCCACGGCUACAAUACAUUCUUAUGUCGAAGCUGAGAGUGAUGACAUGGACGGCAGUUCUUUGGAUAAAAAGAAGAAAAAGAAGAAACGCAAAUUGAUGGGAAUCAAUCGUAGAGUUCGAAAAGUCAUAGCAACUGUUGUUGCCACGUCGCAGAAGCCUGAGAAUGAACAGAGUAGCCUGAACACCAAGCGAUAAAUCACUCAUGCCUUAUGUUGUUGAAUAAAAAAUUUACACUUGCUUUUUA